UGAUCUCGUUAAAACGAGAUCUGGGCCGAGAUCAAGUACGUGACGUCAGAGAGAGAGGGUAGGGGACACCGCGACCAUUGGAUUAACUCUCAUCAAAGAAAAUGACAAGUGACUUAGAUAGACAAAUUGAACAGUUGAGAAGAUGUGAAGUAAUUAAAGAGAGUGAAGUUAAAGCGCUUUGCGCUAAAGCUAGGGAAAUUCUUGUAGAGGAGAGCAAUGUUCAGAGAGUUGAUUCACCAGUCACAGUGUGUGGGGAUAUUCAUGGCCAGUUUUAUGAUCUAAAAGAAUUAUUUAAAGUCGGAGGUGAUGUUCCAAACACGAACUAUUUAUUUAUGGGAGACUUUGUGGAUCGGGGCUUUUACAGUGUUGAAACCUUUUUGUUAUUAUUAGCUCUGAAGGUAAGGUAUCCAGACAGAAUAACACUGAUUCGAGGAAACCAUGAAAGUCGUCAGAUAACACAGGUUUAUGGAUUUUAUGAUGAGUGCCUAAGGAAGUAUGGCUCUAUCACAGUUUGGAGAUACUGCACAGAAAUAUUUGACUAUCUUAGUCUUUCAGCAAUCAUUGAUGGAAAGAUAUUUUGUGUACAUGGUGGAUUAUCCCCCUCUAUACAGACACUAGAUCAAAUCCGUGCAAUAGACAGGAAGCAAGAAGUUCCACACGAUGGACCAAUGUGUGACUUACUAUGGUCAGAUCCUGAAGACAUGCAGGGCUGGGGAGUGAGUCCUAGAGGAGCCGGGUACCUCUUUGGACAUGAUGUGGUGGCACAGUUUAAUGCAGCCAACAGUAUUGAGCUUAUAUGUCGAGCUCAUCAAUUAGUAAUGGAGGGUUAUAAGUGGCACUUUAGUGAAACAGUUCUGACUGUAUGGUCAGCUCCGAACUACUGUUACAGAUGUGGAAAUGUUGCAGCUAUUUUGGAAUUAGAUGAACAUUUGGACAGGGACUUCACCAUAUUCGAGGCAGCUCCUCAGGAGUCAAGAGGUAUACCAUCCAAAAAGCCACAGCCAGACUACUUCUUAUAGAACUUACACAUAGAGAAGAAACUGGGAACUGUGUAAAACAACUGUGUGAGAUCUGUGGAACAAAGGGCUAAGACAUGAGACACUUGUUAAUAAAGUGCCAUGUUUGUGUACUUCCACCAGCAGACUGGGGCCAGGGAAGGUCUGCAGUACAAGUCUGUGAUGCUGUUAUUUAUAAACAGAAACAGUGAUUUUAGUUUUUUUCCUGUUUUAAGAAUCACAUAAUCACAAAACACCGAACUCAAUCAAUUAUAUCACGCUCCAUUUAUUACAUCAUGUCAGAAAUCUAUUGAUGCAAAACUGUUGAUGCUGUUAUAUAAAGACUUCCUAAAAUAUAAUUAAUACAUCAAUUGUCUUUUCAUUGUAUAACUGUCAUACUCAUCCACACAAUGUUCUGUUAUAUGUAUGAUUGCUGUAGUUGACAGAUGGAUCUGAGAUAUUUUUUUGUCUAUGUUGUAAUUGUUCAUGUUAUGUCAAAUUAAUGUAAAGUAGGAGAAUAUUGUAUUGAGAAUUUCUUUUAAUUUUUUCACUUUUUUCCCCAAUUUUGUGUGCAUCUUUGGUAUUUAGUUGUGUGUCAAACUCUAAGCUGCAGGUUGUUUUCUUCUUCCAUCAGUUGACGCAAAUUUUAGUUGUAGUAACAGAAAUUCAACAAUCGCUAAUGAUGCAUCAGCAGAGUUUUAUCACGGCAGUUUUAUAAAUAAUGAAUAUUUGUAAGCAUUACUGAUUAAAUAUAUCUAUGAAACAUAA